AUGUGUAAUUGUUACUGCGGUUGUCCGAUAAUCCGUGUAGUGCCUCCCUUUAGCUACCAGGUGCUGCAGUCAUGCACUCUAACCGAAGGGCCGCCACGAAUAGCCAUCUAUCGACGGAAGCGACCAUGCUGUUCGUUGUUCCGGAUGUUUUUCCUUCGGGGGGACAUUCCGGUAUCGCGUUACUUUGGCCCGAAAGCUUCCCAGCAGUUUAUCAAGUGGCAUGUCCCUCCGGCAAAGUUGGACUAUCAACGGUACCUUCCGCUGUUUUUCGAUGGCCUCUGCGAAAGGACUUUCCCCUAUCGUGAAUUUGCUCGCCAUGGAGUGCGGGAUUUGAUUGCAGCAGCUAAGGAAAAGCAGUUGCUCUGCUGCUUGCCGAUGCUGAUCCUGCCGGCAAAACGAGCCUUGCAUACGAAAGAUCCGGACGUCAUAAUCGCCACAUUACGGUCUCUACAGCAGCUGGUGCAAGCCGGUCCAACAAUUGGCCCGGCUCUAGUCCCGUAUUAUCGGCAGCUUCUGCCUAUGGCGAAUUUGUUUCGCGUUGCGGACGUAAAUCAAUGUGAUCAAAUAGAUUUCCAGGGAGGAAAUCGACUUGGAGAGGUGAUUGAAGCUACACUUAAUAUACUGGAAAGAACCGGCGGAAAGGAUGCCUAUCUGAACAUCAAGUAUAUGGUACCGACGUAUGAAAGCUGCAUAUUGAACAGAUGA